AUGGCCCUGAAGGCGCUGGUCGCUCCCAGCUUCUCUCCUCCCUUGGACACAGACUCAGCAGAGUGCCUGGCAGUCUUGGCUGCCUCCUCCAUCCCCUCCUUGAUUUUCUUCCCCAUGUCUGUACGGGUCACCUCCUCAAGGCCCUGGACAGACAGACAGACAUGGACAAUAGAAUGACUUCAGAGUUCAGGCAUUAUGAUGGAUGUGAGAAUGACUUCAGAAAGAGUUGUGGUGAGCUACUUUAAACAUUGCAAAUCUGUAGCUAUGGGCUAAUUUGACUCUCCAUUAAUCGUUACAAGAUAGUUGCAGGUGGUUCGUUUUGAAUUUAGAAAAUGCGCCGUUAUUCUUUGCUCAAUGAAGCAAUCCAACAAUGUGUAUGCCGCCAUCUUGUCUAUUUCAAAUCUUCUCUCAUUGAUUGAGACAGGUGGGUCAACCCCAAAGUGCCGCAUGUCAUGAAGACACUCACCUGUCUCGAUUAAUGAGAGAAGAUUUGAAAUAGGCAAGAUGGUGGGGUAAACAUUUUUGGAUUACUUCAUGGAGCAAAAAAUAUAUUUAUUUUAAUAACGGAGUAUUUUCUAAAUUCAAAUGAACCACCUGCAACUGGACACUGACAUUUAGAAGAUACAUGUUUGGCCGAAUCGAGAACGACGAUAGUAUCGCCAAGUUAAGGUUGGUUGUAAAAUAUCUGUGCUACGCCAAACAGUACCUAUCAUCUAACGGGUAAUGGAGAAUCACAGCCUGUGUAGCCCGUUACUAUAAACAAUACAUUAUAAUUGCAUUUCUGGGUUAGCACUAAGAUAGAAGUUCAACUCAUAAGCUGUAAAAUCAUGCAAUUCUAUUAGAGAAUACAGUGGGGGAAAAAAGUAUUUAGUCAGCCACCAAUUGUGCAAGUUCUCCCACUUAAAAAGAUGAUAGAGGCCUGUAAUUUUCAUCAUAGGUACACGUCAACUAUGACAGACAAAUUGAGAGAAAAAAAUUCCAGAAAAUCACAUUGUAGGAUUUUUAAUGGAUUUAUUUGCAAAUUAUGGUGGAAAAUAAGUAUUUGGUCACCUACAAACAAGCACGAUUUCUGGCUCUCACAGACCUGUAACAACUUCUUUAAGAGGCUCCUCUGUCCUCCACUUGUUACCUGUAUCAAUGGCACCUGUUUGAACUUGUUAUCAGUAUAAAAGACACCUGUCCACAACCUCAAACAGUCACACUCCAAACUCCACUAUGGCCAAGACCAAAGAGCUGUCAAAGGACACCAGAAACAAAAUUGUAGACCUGCACCAGGCUGGGAAGACUGAAUCUGCAAUAGGUAAGCAGCUUGGUUUGAAGAAAUCAACUGUGGGAGCAAUUAUUAGGAAAUGGAAAACAUACAAGACCACUGAUAAUCUCCCUCGAUCUGGGGCUCCACGCAAGAUCUCACCCCGUGGGGUCAAAAUGAUCACAAGAACAUUGAGCAAAAAUCCCAGAACCACAUGGGGGGACCUAGUGAAUGACCUGCAGAGAGCUGGGACCAAAGUAACAAAGCCUACCAUCAGUAACACACUACGCCGCCAGGGACUCAAAUCCUGCAGUGCGAGAUGUGUCCCCCUGCUUAAGCCAGUACAUGUCCAGGCCCGUCUGAAGUUUGCUAGAGUGCAUUUGGAUGAUCCAGAAGAGGAUUGGGAGAAUGUCAUAUGGUCAGAUGAAACCAAAAUAUAACUUUUUGGUAAUAACUCAACUCGUCGUGUUUGGAGGACAAAGAAUGCUGAGUUGCAUCCAAAGAACACCAUACCUACUGUGAAGCAUGGGGGUGGAAACAUCAUGCUUUGGGGCUGUUUUUCUGCAAAGGGACCAGGACGACUGAUCCGUGUAAAGGAAAGAAUGAAUGGGGCCAUGUAUCGUGAGAUUUUGAGUGAAAACCUCCUUCCAUCAGCAAGGGCAUUGAAGAUCAAACGUGGCUGGGUCUUUCAGCAUGACAAUGAUCCCAAACACACCGCCCGGGUAACGAAGGAGUGGCUUCGUAAGAAGCAUUUCAAGGUCCUGGAGUGGCCUAGCCAGUUUCCAGAUCUCAACCCCACAGAAAAUCUUUGGAGGGAGUUGAAAGUCCGUGUUGCCCAGCGACAGCCCCAAAACAUCACUGCUCUAGAGGAGAUCUGCAUGGAGGAAUGGGCCAAAAUACCAGCAACAGUGUGUGAAAACCUUGUGAAGACUUACAGAAAACGUUUGACCUGUGUCAUUGCCAACAAAGGGUAUAUAACAAAGUAUUGAGAAACUUUUGUUAUUGACCAAAUACUUAUUUUCCACCAUAAUUUGCAAAUACAUUCAUUAAAAAUCCUACAAUGUGAUUUUCUGGAUUUUUUUUCUUGCAUUUUGUCUGUCAUAGUUGACGUGUACCUAUGAUGAAAAUUACAGGCCUCUCUCAUCUUUUUAAGUGGGAGAACUUGCACAAUUGGUGGCUGACUAAAUACUUUUUUCCCCCCACUGUAUACAAAUAUAGAUAUAGUACACCAUUGAUAAGAUAUAAAGAACUUGAAACAUUUGCACUUAUGCCUAAUAAUAACUGCUGAUGUCAAUGACCUUUGUAAGAGUGUGAAAAUGACUCACCUCCUUCACAGUUUCAGACAGAGUCCCAAAGGUCUUCUUGAACACCUCAGAGGUCUUAACGGUUUCAGACUCAAUGGUUUUCUGGAGGAAAUAAAUAAAUGAGCUUGAUGAGUGUCCUUGAUGACAAGUAUGUGUUUGUAACACAGGUGAAAAAUGUAAUCCAGUUGUCACCAACCCCGGUCCUGGACAGCAACAGCGUGUGCAGGCUUUUAUUCCAGCCCAGCACUGACAUACCCUAUUUAACUUAUUGUCAAGACCUUCACUAAUUGAAGGUUAGUGCUGGGGAAGAAAGUCUGCACAACCAAAGUGCUUACCAUGGGCUUAAAGGGACAUCACAUUCCAAAAUAAAAUUUGCACUUACAAAUUUCCUCCGAGCCUGUUGCAGGGCAUCCGACUCCUCUAGCCUCUUGGCCUCCUCUCUGAACUUCUUGAUGUUCUCCUUCAUCUCCUUGUCCUUCCCAAACUCCUGCCUCAGGUUCUCCACAAACUCCCCGAAGAAGCCUUUACGACUAGGUCGUUCUGACGCAUACCGCACCUGGGAGAAAGAGGGCACAAUUAAAAUAUGAGUGAAUGACAGACACCAUGUUAAGAGUUUGUGUACUACCACCAGAGCGAUCAUUUUUUGAAGGUCAACGAUGAUAAUGCUUUGGUGAUAAUGAUAAUGACCUGCACAGGGACAGCCGGAGACCCACAUAUCCUGUAGGCAUCUCCUCUAUUGAAUGAGGAGACGACAGCACGGGAUGGCAGGAGCAGAAGACGUCUUCCGACCAGCUGAGGAGAAGAACAACAUAAGUCAGGGAUGGACAACUUUGAUGGGGGUGGGGGCCACAAAACAUCUGAACUCAUCAUGAGGGGCCGCAGGUCUGCAUACCUACACUGAACUGACCAGGUAAGUACAAUAUUAACAGGCUAUGAAUAAUGCUUGACAUGUUUAGCUAUCUCGCUAACUAGAAUAUGUUCACGAACGAACACCGACUGGCCCAUUCACCCAUUCAUAACUGUCUUCAGAGGAUAUAACGUUUUCACGAAAUAAUGUAAAAGGAAUGUUGCGCUUAAACGUUAAAUAUGGAUCCCUAAAACAAUUCAGUCAACAUCCACUCUUCAGCAGUGCAAGCCAUGGGAAGAAAUGUGCAUAAUCUCACCUCAUAGCACCGACACACGGAGGCUGCCAUCUUGAUCUUGAAUGAUGACGCACGUGACGUGACGAAGUGUAACUCCGCUGAGGUUUUUUUACUCGUUACCACAACCAUGCUUGCUUCUUUUCUUCUUUAGUGGGGUUUAUCGGUGGUUGGCAUCCAACGUUACGGUGCAUUACCGCCACCUACUCUACUGGAGUGUGGGCCAGAGACAGGGAUAAACCUAAAUGCCAGCCCCGUUGCACUUAAAAAAAGAUAACAAAAUAUUUGAGACUAUAUCUAAUGACGUUCUACUCAAUAUACUCUUUAAACUAAUUUCCUGUAUCCCCUUCUCCCUCAUACUAGAUCUCAUCCUCCCUCUUUCCCUCUGAUACUGCCCACACUGUAGCAAUACAUGCUCCACCGUCUCUGUUUCCUGACAAUUAUCACACUUUCCUGUUGGAUGCUUUCCUAUCACAUUUAAAGUCUUAUUCAACUGGCUGUGUCCCACCCUUAAUCCUGUAAAAAAAAAAUGCCCCCUCUCUUCUGUCCCUUCCUGCCGUCCUCCCCUCCCCGACUUUCCUCUGUACUUGAAAUAAAUGGCUUCCCUUAUUAUCUAUAUUCCACUGCUCCUGCCAUCUCUGCACCAUCACUGUAUAUAUCAGUCUUUUUGCCUCUACCCUUGCUCAUUGAAACUUCAAUAUCAACUUCCCCACUUCUAAGUGCUUGUUUAGCCAGUUCAUCUACUGCCUCAUUCCCCUCCACCCCCACAUGGGCUGGGACCCAAGUAAAUCUUAUCUGUAUACCCAUCUGUUUAAUCCUGCCAUGGGUUUGUAGCACCUCAUAAAGCAGGUAUUGUAUUCCAGUCCUUUAGCUACGUGAGCUAAAGGACUGGAAACUCAUUAACACUACAUAUGAAUCAGAGCAAAUAACAACUCUGUCUUGUUUACUUCCUCCACCCACUGUAAGGCCAACAGAAUGGCCAUCAGCUCCGCCGUAUAUACAGCCAGAUGAUCUGUAAUACGUUUCCUGACUUCCACCCCACAUUCCUGCACUACAAAUGCUGACCCAGUGCGUCCUGUCCUUGGAACUUUUGAACUAUCUGUGUAAAUGGCCACAAAAUGUUGAUACAAGGUAUCCAGACGUCUCUUAAACAAAUCAGAUGGAUCAACACCCUUCCUAUCUUUCUGUAGUCUUUCCAACACUUCUAGAUCAACUACUGGAGGCGGGAGUAACCAUGGUGGAUUUACAGGAAUAACUACCGUUGGACUAAACUCCCUUCCAUACAGUCCCAUCUCCUUCGCCUGGGUAUUACCCACCCACCCAAAGCUUGUGUUCUGUCUUCGCUCAUGUUCCCAGCAUGCCUGUAAAAUCCCUUUCGCAGGAUGAGACACCCCAUGUCCUUGUAGGUUGACCCAAUAAUUCAUUGCCAGCUGCUGUCUCCUAAUCUGCAAUGGCAUAUCCCCAUUCUCCACCUGUAAUGUAGCCACUGGGGACGUCCGAAACGCCCCACUACAUACUCUUGAGUCCUUGCCCCUGUAUGACAUCUAGCCUUUCCAGUGAGGUCAGGGCUGCCGAACCAUAUGCUAUACUGCCAUAGUCUAUUACAGAUCGGAUCAAUGCAACAUACAUGGUCUUCAAUGAGGAACGCCCAGCCCCCCACUCCUUCCCCGUCAGACAGCGCAUCACAUUUAGCACCUUCUUACACUUUCCCACCACUCUCUCAAUGUGUUCUGCCCAAGUCAGUCUAGUGUCAAAGUAUACCCCAAGGAACCUGAAGGCCCUCAUCCUCUCCAAGUUUCUCCCAAAUAACCUCAAGCAUACCUCAUCUCCCACCUUCCUCCUGGUAAAGAACACUGUUUGAGUUUUCUCUACAGAGAACCUGAAUCCCCACAUUAAUGCCCACCGCUCUACCUCAUCAAUUGCUUCCUGUACCUUCCUGACUAUGUAUGGCACAUUUCGUCCCCUCUUCCAUAAGGCACCAUCAUCUGCAAAUAACGACCUCCCAAUAUCCGGCUGUACCUACACCACAGCUCCCCUGUGGUGUACUGUUAUCCACCAGGUAGCUGCCUGAUAAAGACUUCCCCACCCUCACCUGGAUAGACCUUCCAAACAGGAAAUCCUUUAUCCAGUUGUACGUUCUUCCGCCUACCCACAUAAUAUCAAGUUUGAUUAACAACUCCUCCUUCCACAUCAUAUCAUAUGCCUUCUCCACAUCAAAAAAGACAGCUACAACAGUCUCCUUGUUCACCUGAGCCUUCCUGACCUCUGCUUCUCAGCAGAGCACUGGAUCCAUAGUUCCACAACCUUUCCUGAACCCACUUUGAUGUGGUGAUACUAGCCCUCUGCUCUCCAGGAAGUAAGUUAGCCUCUCCGUAAUCAUACGUUCCAUAAUCUUACAUACAUGUGAUGUUAAAGCUAUUGACCGAUAGCUUGUUGGCCUCAUUGGAUCCUUCCCGGUCUUCCGGAUUGGUACCACUACUGCCUCCUUCCAACUGCCUGGUAGUUUCCCCUCCUCCCACACUCUGUUGUACAACACCAAUACCUUAUCCAGUGCCUCAUCACUAAGAUGGGCCAACAUAACAUGGCACACCUCAUCUUUCCCAGGUGAAGUUAACCCACCCUUACCUAUUGCUCUUUUCACCUCUGCCAUGGUAAAUGGUGCAUUCAACGCAUCAUUUACAUCCUCCCUCCUAUCCAGCAAUCCAGGAUGCUCCUCUCUCGUGCUCUCUUUCCCCCUCUGGCCCUCCUCUGACAAAUUUGCGGAGCUAUGCACUUGGACAAAUGCUUUGGCCAUCAUCUCUUCUCCUCAUCUGUUACUGCCACAUCCUCCCUACUCGUCAACACUGGAUAAUCCCACUCCCUUCUGACACCACUCAUCCUCUUAAUCAUCCCCCACACUUCUCCCACAGGUGUCGCCCCUUCCAAUGGUGUCACAGAACCGAUGCCAACAUGACCUCUUUGCCUGACGGAUAGUUCUCCUCACCAGGGCCUGGGCCUGGUUAUACUGAAUCAGAUGUUGGAAGUGAUGUGUCCUUUUCAGUACUCUAAAUGCCCUGUUCCUACUCCUCACCAUUGCCCCACAUUCCUCCGUCCACCAUGGGACUGCUUUCCUCCUCCUCCUCCUCCUCUCUGAACUCUUAGGUAUAGCCUCAGUAGCUGCCCCCACUAAUGCUGUUCUCACCCAGUUAUUCAUACUAUCCAUGUCCCCUCUCAUAUCCACCUGAGCCAUCACCUGCUCACUCAGCUCCUGAAACUGAUCCCACUUUGCCCUUCCAAACACCCACCUGCCUACUCCAUCCACUAACACCUCCUCCUCCCUCCGGCCAAUUGUGCAUACUAUGUGGUAAUGAUCACUCCCUACUGUCGACUCCUCCCAUACCUCCCACUCACAUAUUCCUGCCAUCGCACUUGAUACCAGAGUGAGGUCCAAGGCAGACUCUUACCAUGUGGCUACAUCAAUCCUGGUCCCUCGGCCAUCAUUCAGGCACACUAGAUCUUUAUUUUCUAUCAAAUUUUCCAUCACUUGGCCACUUGGCCAUUUCCAUCCAUCCAAAAUAGAGAUGCUAGUUCUAGGUCCCAAGAAACAAAGAGAUCUUCUGUUGGAUCUGUGAAUUAAUCUUGAUGGUUGUACAGUCGUCUAAAAAAAAACUGUGAAGGACCUUAGCGUUCCUCUGGACCCUGAUUCCUCUUUUGAAGAACAUAUCAAGAAUAUUUCAAGGACAGCUUUUUUCCAUCUUCGUAACAUUUCAAAAAUCAGAAACUUUUUGUCCAAAAAUUAUGCAGAAAAGAUAAUCCAUGCUUUUGUCACUUCUAGAUUAGACUACUGCAAUGCUCUACUCUCCGGCUACCUGGAUAAAGCACUAAAUAAACUUCAGUUAGUGCUAAAACGGUUGCUAGAAUCUUGACUAGAACCAAAAAAAUGUAUACUUUUACUCCAGUGCUAGCUUAACUGGCAUCCUGUUAAGGCUAGGGCUGAUUUCAAGGUUUUACUGCUAACCUACAGUGAGGGAAAAAAGUAUUUAAUCCCCUGCUGAUUUUGUACGUUUGCCCACUGACAAAGAAAUGAUCAGUCUAUAAUUUUAAUGGUAGGUUUAUUUGAACAGUGAGAGACAGAAUAACAACAAAAAAAUCCAGAAAAACGCAUGUCAAAAAUGUUAUAAAUUGAUUUGCAUUUUAAUGAGGGAAAUAAGAAUUUGACCCCUCUGCAAAACAUGACUUAGUACUUGGUGGCAAAACCCUUGUUGGCAAUCACAGAGGUCAGACGUUUCUUGUAGUUGGCCACCAGGUUUGCACACAUCUCAGGAAGGAUUUUGUCCCACUCCUCUUUGCAUAUCUUCUCCAAGUCAUUAAGGUUUCGAGGCUGACGUUUGGCAACUCGAACCUUGAGCUCCCUCCACAGAUUUCCUAUGGGAUUAAGGUCUGGAGACUGGCUACGCCACUCCAGGACCUUAAUGUGCUUCUUCUUGAACCACUCCUUUGUUGCCUUGGAUGUGUGUUUUGGGUCAUUGUCAUGCUGGAAUACCCAUCCACGACACAUUUUCAAUGCCCUGGCUGAGGGAAGGAGGUUCUCUCCCAAGAUUUGACAGUACAUGGCCCCGUCCAUCGUCCCUUUGAUGCGGUGAAGUUGUCCUGUCCCCUUAGCAGAAAAACACCCCCAAAGCAUAAUGUUUCCACCUCCAUGUUUGACGGUGGGGAUGGUGUUCUUGGGGUCAUAGGCAGCAUUCCUCCUUCUCCAAACACGGCGAGUUGAGUUGAUGCCACAGUGCUCGAUUUUGGUCUCCUCUGACCACAACACUUUCACCCAGUUCUCCUCUGAAUCAUUCAGAUGUUCAUUGGCAAACUUCAGACGGGCCUGUAUAUGUGCUUUCUUGAGCAGGGGGACCUUGCGGGCGCUGCAGGAUUUCAGUCCUUCACGGCGUAGUGUGUUACCAAUUGUUUUCUUGGUGACUAUGGUCCCAGCGGCCUUGAGAUCAUUGACAAGAUCCUCCCAUGUAGUUCUGGGCUGAUUCCUCACCGUUCUCAUGAUCAUUGCAACUCCACGAGGUGAGAUCUUGCAUGGAACCCCAGGCCGAGGGAGAUUGACAGUUAUUUUGUGUUUCUUCCAUUUGCGAAUAAUCGCACCAACUGUUGUCACCUUCUCACCAAGCUGCUUGGCGAUGGUCUUGUAGCCCAUUCCAGCCUUGUGUAGGUCUACAAUCUUGUCCCUGACAUCCUUGGAGAGCUCUUUGGUCUUGGCCAUGGUGGAGAGUUUGGAAUCUGAUUGAUUGAUUGCUUCUGUGGACAGAUGUAUUUUAUUCAGGUAACAAGCUGAGAUUAGGAGCACUCCCUUUAAGAGUGUGCUCCUAAUCUCAGCUCGUUACCUGUAUACCUGGGACACCUGGGAGCCAGAAAUCUUUCUGAUUGAGAGGGGGUCAAAUACUUAUUUCCCUCAUUAAAAUACAAAUCAAUUUAUAACAUUUUUGACAUGCGUUUUUCUGGAUUUUUUUGUUGUUAUUCUGUCUCUCACUGUUCAAAUAAACCUACCAUUAAAAUUAUAGACUGAUUAUUUCUUUGUCAGUGGGCAAAUGUACAAAAUCAGCAGGGGAUCAAAUACAUUUUUUCCUCACUGUACAAAGCAUUACAUGGACUUGCUCCUACACAUACUCUACGGUCACAAGACGCAGGCCUCCUUAUUGUCCUUAGAGUUUCUAAAAAAAAAAGCUGGAGGCAGAGCUUUCUCCAUGUGAGAGACACAGACUCGGUCUCGACCUUUAAAUCUUUACUGAAGACUCAUCUCUUCAGUAGGUCCUAUGAUUGAGUGUAGUCUGGCCCAGGGGUGCGAAGGUGAACGGAAAGUCACUGGAGCAACAAACCGCCCUUGCUGUCUCUGCCUGGACGGUUCCCGUCUCUCCAUUGGGAUUCUCUGCCUCUGACCCUAUUACGGGGGCUGAGUCACUGGCUUACUGGUGCUUUCCAUACCGUCCCUAGGAGGGGUGCAUCACUUGAGUGGGUUGAGUCACUGACGUGAUCUUCCUGUCCGGUUUGUCACCCCCUCGGGCUCGUGCAGUGGAGGAGAUUUUCAUGAACUAUACUCAGCCUUGUCUCAGGGUAGUAGGUUGGUGGUCUGUUGAUAUCCCUCUGGUGGUGUGGGGGCUGUGCUUUGGCAAAGUGGGUGGGGUUAUAUCCUGCCUGGUUGGCCCUGUCUGUGGGUAUCGUCCCCCCCUGUCUCAGCCUCCAGUAUCUAUGCUGCAAUAGUCUAUGUGCCGGGGGGCUAGGGUCAGUCUGUUAUAUCUGGUGUUAUUCUGGGACCACGCAGCCGUCAUACCGCUCAGGAAGGAGACACGUUCUGUCUCCUAGAGAUGAACGUACUUUGGUGCGAAAAGUGCAAAUCAAUCCCAGAACAACAGCAAAGGACCUUGUGAAGAUGCUGGAGGAAACAGGUACAAAAGUAUCUACAUCCACAGUAAAACAAGUUCUAUAUCGACAUAACCUGAAAGGCCGCUCAGCAAGGAAGAAGCCACUGCUCCAAAACCGCCAUAAAAAAGCCAGAUAACGGUUUGCAGCUGCACAUGGGGACAAAGAUCGUACUUUUUGGAGAAAUGUCCUCUGGUCUGAUGAAACAAAAAUAGAACUGUUUGGCCAUAAUGACCAUCGUUAUGGUUGGAGGAAAAAGGAGAGCCUUGCAAGCCGAAUAACACCAUUCAAACCGUGAAGCACGGGGGUGGCAGUAUCAUGCUGUGGGGGUGCUUUGCUGCAGGAGGGACUGGUGCUCUUCACAAAAUAGAUGGCAUCAUGAGGAAGGAAAAUUAUGUGGAUAUAUUGAAGCAACAUCUCAAGACAUCAGUCAGGAAGUUAAAGCUUGGUCGCAAAUGGGUCUUCCAAAUGGACAAUGACCCCAAGCAUAAUUCCAAAGUUGUGGCAAAAUGGCUGAAGGACAACAAAGUCAAGGUAUUGGAGUGGCCAUCACAAAGCCCUGACCUCAAUCCUAUAGAAAAUGUGUGGGCAGAAUUGAAAAAGUGUGUGCGAGCAAGGAGGCCUACAAACCUGACUCAGUUAUACCAGCUCUGUCAGGAGGAAUGGUCCAAAAUUCACCCAACUUAUUUUGGGAAGCUUGUGGAAGGCUACCCGAAAUGUUUGACCCAAGUUAAACAAUUUAAAGGCAAUGCUACCAAAUACUAAUUGAGUGUAUGUAAACUUCUGACCCACUGGGAAUGUGCUGAAAGAAAUAAAAGCUGAAAUAAAUCUUUCUCUCUACUAUUAUUCUGACAUUUCACAUCCUUAAAAUAAAGUGGUGAUCCUAACUGACCGAAGACAGGGAAUUUUUACUAGGAUUAAAUGUCAGGAAUUGUGAAAAACUGAGUUUAAAUGUAUUUGGCUAAGAUGUAUGUAAACUUCCGACUUCAACUGUAGGUAUUACAGACUGGGUCAGGGAGAGGUUGAAAAUGUCAGUGAAGACACUUGCCAGCUGGUCAGCGCAUGCUCUGAGUACGCGUCUUGGCAAUCCUUCUGGCCCUGCAGCCUUGUGAAUGUUAACUUGUUUAAAGGUUUUAUAUCAACUACAUAGAGCAUGAUCACACAGAUGUGAGUGCUACAGGGCGGUAGUCAUUGUGUCAGGUAGCGUUAGAGUUCUUGGGAACAGGAAUGAUGGUGGUCAGCUUGAGACAUUGGAAUUACAGACUGGGACAAGGAGAGGUUGAAACUGAUCGUGAAUAUGCCUGCCAGCUGUUCUGCGCAUGCUCUGAGAACGCGCCCUGGAAUGCCGUCCGGCCCCGCAGCCUUACAAGUGUUGACCUGAUUAAAAACCUUACUCACGUGAGGUCGGCCUCGGAGAGCGAUAUCACCCAGUCCCCUGGGUCAGCAGGGGCCCUCAUCCAUGGCUCGGUGUUGUUUUUGUCGAAGUGUGCAGAAAAUGCAUUUAGUUCGUCUGGUAGAGGCAUCGUUGGGCAGAUCACGGCUGGGUCUUCCUUUGUCGAUCAUAAGAAGUGAAAGCAGAUUUAUCAACCCUUACCUAACCCUUACCUAACCCUAACCCUUUUACAUUUCAACUUCAAUGGGGUAUGGACGUCCCAAGGAUCCCGGAUAGCAAGGACCUUUCUGACUGAUCAAAUGGGCAGAGACUAAUUUGAGGAGGUGGGUGUGUCUGCCUCUGCAGUCAAAGGCCUUCCCCAGCAUCAGUACAGAGACAUUUCAAGACAGAAGUUUGAUCCAAGAAAUCUCUUUGCUAAAAUCUAUUUUCAUUUGAAUGCUUUAUGUCACAUAUGUCACAUGGGGGCUAUAAUAAAAUUCAGGAUAGCACUUAAAAUGUGGACCGUUCCUACCUCUACCUGGAUAACAAUGCAGGUAUUGCAUUGCAUGUGUUUAUGCAUGAUAUUAUGUAUAAUGCUCAGAGCUCACUAUAUAUUCAAUGGACAUUGUAAUGACCAUGGAAUAGAAUGUGGUAAUGACAUUGUAAUAGCAGUCUGCAAUACCUCACCUCUCAGCCUGACUUUCUCUCGAUUGUGAUUGCCACUAUAAGCUUGCUUAGGAGAGAGACUAUACUUGAAUAUUAUUAAUAAGAAGUAUAUAUGUAUUUGUUUUCAACUGAUGUAAAUAUUGAGAUGAUUCAUUUUCAUGAGACAGCAGUUUGUACAUACAGUACAUGUAUUACUUGGUUAGAAGACCUGCUGAAAAUGAUCAUUUAUAUACAUUGCAGGUGCUCAUAGUAUACCUACAUUUAUUUACUAAUAUUAAUAAUAAUGUAUGUAUGAGACAAUGGUUUGCAGACAGGUUAGGUUUAUAAGCAGACCUUCAAAUAGGCUACAGUGAAGAAAUGCAGUAGCAGGGAUCAGCCAUAUGCACAACGGCCCUCUGCCAAUUUAGGACAUGAACUAUAUGUACAGUGAGGGGAAAAAAGUAUUUGAUCCCCUGCUGAUUUUGUACGUUUGCCCACUGACAAAGAAAUGAUCAGUCUAUAAUUUUAAUGGUAGGUUUAUUUGAACAGUGAGAGACAGAAUAACAACAAAAAAAUCUAGAAAAACGCAUGUCAAAAAUGUUAUAAAUUGAUUUGCAUUUUAAUGAGGGAAAUAAGUAUUUGAUCCCUCUGCAAAACAUGACUUAGUACUUGGUGGCAAAACCCUUGUUGGCAAUCACAGAGGUCAGACGUUUCUUGUAGUUGGCCACUAGGUUUGCACACAUCUCAGGAGGGAUUUUGUCCCACUCCUCUUUGCAGAUCUUCUCCAAGUCAUUAAGGUUUCGAGGCUGACGUUUGGCAUCUCGAACCUUCAGCUCCCUCCACAGAUUUUCUAUGGGAUUUAGGUCUGGAGACUGGCUAGGCCACUCCAAGACCUUAAUGUGCUUCUUCUUGAACCACUCCUUUGUUGCCUUGGCCGUGUGUUUUGGGUCAUUGUCAUGCUGGAAUACCCAUCCACGACCCAUUUUCAAUGCCCUGGCUGAGGGAAGGAGGUUCUCACCCAAGAUUUGACUGUACAUGGCCCCGUCCAUCAUCUCUUUGAUGCGGUGAAGUUGUCCUGUCCCCUUAGCAGAAAAACACCCCCAAAGCAUCAUGUUUCCACCUCCAUGUUUGACGGUGGGGAUGGUGUUCUUGGGGUCAUAGGCAGCAUUCCUCCUCCUUCAAACACGGCGAGUUGAGUUGAUGCCAAAGAGCUCGAUUUUGGUCUCAUCUGACCACAACACUUUCCCCCAGUUCUCCUCUGAAUCAUUCAGAUGUUCAUUGGCAAACUUCAGACGGGCCUGUAUAUGUGCUUUCUUGAGCAGGGGGACCUUGCGGGCGCUGCAGGAUUUCAGUCCUUCACGGCGUAGUGUGUUACCAAUUGUUUUCUUGGUGACUAUGGUCCCAGCUGCCUUGAGAUCAUUGACAAGAUCCUCCCGUGUAGUUCUGGGCUGAUUCCUCACCGUUCUCAUGAUCAUUGCAACUCCACGAGGUGAGAUCUUGCAUGGAGCCCCAGGCCGAGGGAGAUUGACAGUCUUUUGUGUUUCUUCCAUUUGCGAAUAAUCGCACCAACUGUUGUCACCUUCUCACCAAGCUGCUUGGCAAUGGUCUUGUAGCCCAUUCCAGCCUUGUGUAGGUCUACAAUCUUGUCCCUGACAUCCUUGGAGAGCUCUUUGGUCUUGGCCAUGGUGGAGAGUUUGGAAUCUGAUUGAUUGAUUGCUUCUGUGGACAGAUGUAUUUUAUUCAGGUAACAAGCUGAGAUUAUUAGCACUCCCUUUAAGAGUGUGCUCCUAAUCUCAGCUCGUUACCUGUAUAAAAAACACCUGGGAGACAGAAAUCUUUCUGAUUGAGAGGGGGUAAAAUACUUAUUUCCCUCAUUAAAAUGCAAAUCAAUAUAUAACAUUUUUGACAUGCGGGUUUCUGGAUUUUUUUGUUGUUAUUCUGUCUCUCACUGUUCAAAUAAACCUACCAUUAAAAUUAUAGACUGAUCAUUUCUUUGUCAGUGGGCAAACGUACAAAAUCAGCAGGGGAUCAAAUACUUUUUUCCCUCACUGGUUUGUUUCCUAUUAGUGUGACAGCCAGCAGCGGCACCAUGUGGAAGGUAUGGAAACAGGGACUCCUCCCCUUCUGCAGAGUUAGGAGACUCUCUUCCUGCGGUCAGCCUUGUUUGACAGCCAGCAUUGGCGCAUUGUCUUACACAUUUAUGUCAUUUUCUCCUGUACAUACAGGUAAUUCAGAGACAAACUAUUUUACUCAUUCUUUUCCGGAAGAAGCGUUGGAGAGGCCUCGUCUAGAAUGGGGAACAGAGACGAUGAAUACGAUUUGUUGUUCAAAGGUACAUUUUGAUGACUGCAGCCCCCCGUUGAUAGCACCGUCAAUAAUUAUGUAAUUGUUUAAUUCUAAAGACAAAUCAGACAUCAGCCUUUUGAACGAAUCAUAACAACAAAUACAACAAAUAGUUUGGCGGAAUGGUUUUGAAAGAAACAUUGUCUCUGGUGGAAAACGUUUUCUACUAUGGCUACAGAAAUGCUGUCAUUGUAACAUUGUAACAACGCCCGCAGUUAUAUCUAUAAGUAAGAUGCAACAACGUAUCUGCUUUGCCUCUGACUUGAUCAACUCUGAUAAACCCAUAAAAUAGUAACUAUUUGUAAAUCGGUUAUUGACAAGAAUUCUGUUUUCCCUUUUAUGGUUGAAAGAGCUAUAUGAAGUUAUAUUCUUUUUUUGUAGUUCAUUGUAGCUUAUAGCCCCAUAUGCAAAUGUUGCAUUGAUGUAGGCCUAGACCUACUGUAACUGUGGAUGUUUAUUAUAUUCAGCUGACAGUGAAAUGUUUUGACAUAUACUAUAUAUACAAAAGUAUGUGGACACCCCUUCAAAUUAGUGGAUUAGGCUAUUUCAGCCACACCCGUUGCUGACAGGUGUAUAAAAUCGAGCACACCGCCAUGCAAUCUCCAUAGACAAACACUGGCAAUAGAAUGGCCUUACUGAAGAGCUCAGUGACUUUCAGCGUGGCACUGUCAUAGGAUGCCACCUUUCUAACAACUCAGUUUGUGAAAUUUCUUCCCUACUUGAGCUGCCCCGGUCACUGUAAGUGCUGUUAUUGUGAAGUGGAAACGUCUAGGAGCAACAACGGCUCAGCCGCGAAGUGGUAGGCCAUACAAGCUCACAGAAUGGGACCGCUGAGUGCUGAAGCGCGUAGGUCGUUAAAAUCGUCUGUCGUCGAAACUGCCUCUGGAAGCAACGUCUGCACAAUAACUGUUCGUCGGGGGCUUCAUGAAAUGUGUUUCCAUGGCCCAGCAGCCCCACACAAGCCUAAGAUCCCCACAAGCAAUGCCAAGCGUCGGCUGAAGUGGUGUAAAGCUCGCUGCCAUUGGACUCUGGAGCGGUGGAAACGCGUUCUCUGAAGUGAUGAAUCACGCUUCACCAUUAAAAAAAUAAAAAUAUUUAACCUUUAUUUAACCAGGUAAGCCAGUUGAGAACAAGUUCUCAUUUACAACUGUGACCUGGCCAAGAUAAAGCAAAGCAGUGCGAUAAAAACAACAACACAGAGUUACAUAUGGGGUAAAACAAAACAUAAAGUCAAAAAAUACAACAGAAGAUAUAUAUACAGUGUGUGCAAAUGUAGCAAGUUAUGGAGGUAAGGCAAUAAAUAGGCUAUAGUGCAAAAUAAUUACAAUUAGUAUUAACACUGGAAUGAUAGAUGUGCAAGAGAUGAUGUGCAAAUAGAGAUACUGGGGUGCAAAUGAGCAAAAUAAAUAACAAUAUAGGGAUGAGGUAGUUGGGUGGGCUAAUUUCUGGCAGUCUGACGUCCACCUAGGAAAUACCUAAUCUGACAUUAGGCUAAAUACAUUUCAGCCAGUGUGUUUUCUCUCUGUCUCUUUAUCAACAGUUGUGUUAAUUGGGGACUCGGGCGUCGGGAAGAGUAACUUGCUCUCUCGGUUCACACGGAAUGAGUUCAACCUGGAGAGUAAGAGCACCAUCGGGGUGGAGUUUGCCACCCGCAGCAUCCAGGUGGAUGGCAAGACCAUAAAGGCCCAGAUAUGGGACACGGCUGGACAAGAACGUUACAGAGCCAUCACCUCCGCGUAAGUCGUGUGGGAUCCCUCAACACUGCCUGUUGAGGCCUCUUGAAAAUGAAAUGAUUGUCAGCAAGGAUCACAUAAGAGUACUGUAGUGGUCUCAAAUAGUAGUCCCAGAGAGGUAAAAGGUGAUUAAAUUAAUUCCACUAAUUGAUCAACUGCUCAAGUCCUUGAUUAAUUGAAUCAGGUGUUUUAGUGCUGGGUUGAAGUGUGGAACAUAAACCUGCAUACCCUAUAGCUCUCCAGGAUCAGGUUUGUUGAGCACUAGCCGAUUACUAGCCUCAUCUUCAAAUCAGAGUGCCUGACUUGGAGUCUCACUUGGGACCCAUACAUUGUUGUCUAUUGGUGCAUUGAGAUUGAUACGCAGUCUCUUUCCUACAGCUAUUACAGAGGGGCAGUGGGUGCUCUGCUAGUGUAUGACAUUGCCAAGCACCUGACCUAUGAAAACGUGGAGCGCUGGUUGAAGGAACUGAGGGAUCAUGCCGACAACAACAUCGUCAUCAUGCUGGCGGGCAACAAGAGCGACCUGCGCCAUCUCAGGGCCGUGCCCACGGACGAGGCCCGGGCUUUUGCAGGUACUCAGAUCUUUCGGCAGAGGUAACAUAGCCUGGUCCCAGAUAAUAUAAUAAUAAUAAUAUGCCAUUUAGCAGACGCUUUUAUCCAAAGCGACUUACAGUCAUGCGUGCAUACAUUUUUGUGUAUGGGUGGUCCCGGGGAUCGAACCCACUACCUUGGCGUUUCAAGCGCCGUGCUCUACCAGCUGAGCUACAGAGGACCACGAUCUAGUUGUGCUGUCUUGCCAAUUCCUAUGGUCAUUGUCAUGGCAUCUAGGACCAGGCUCAGGGGUACAUGGGCUCUUUGGGACAAUCUUGGAACAGCUUCCUCUCUUUAUUUUGUGGUCCUAAGGGACCACUGAAAUGAUGGAUAGGGUGAAAUUGAAAUGAGAGCAACACCAUAUAGUUGUUUUCACCUAUCUGGAAGUUUUAUAAUCAGUGGUCAUCAUAAGGGAAGGGAAGUGAGUAUAGUAUUGGGACAUAGCAGCCUAAAUGUGCAAUGCAAAGGGCAUUGAGUGAGCCUAAAUGUGUAAUACAUAAGGAUUAUGUCCUGGAACUGUUUGUUAAUGAUUGUGUGACUCACUUUGCCCUUUCUUUAACCCUGCAGAGAAGAACAAUAUAUCGUUUAUUGAAACUUCAGCCUUGGAUUCAACAAAUGUAGAGGAAGCUUUCAAGAACAUCCUUACAGGUACAGUAUAACAGCAAAAGGACUAUCUAUAAAGCUAAUUGCUUUGACAUUUCCCAACUUUUUUAGGCAAGUGCAGAUUAAGUAGACUAGAGAAUAGGAAAUAAAUCCUCUUUGAAGUAUUUAGAUGCACCACAACAGUCUAGUCUACUCUCCACAGAAAUCUAUCGCAUCGUAUCGCAGAAGCAGAUCGCUGAGCGGUCUGCCCAUGACGAGUCCCCUGGAAACAAUGUUGUGGACAUAAGUGUUCCACCCACCACAGACCAGAAAGGGAACAAACUGCAGUGCUGCCAGAACCUGUAA